AUGAACAACAUAGAUUCGGAGCAUUUUUCGCCAUAUAGAGUAGAUGGGAAGUUGUAUGGAUUCGUUUGCAUAAUCACCGGAGCUACUCAACCCGUUGGUAGAGCAAUCGUAACGGAACUUGCUGCUCACGGUGCCGCCUGUGUAUACGCGUGUGAUGAUGCCUCCACAAAGGAGUUCGACGCUUUUAUCAUCGAGACCACCAAUAUCUACCCGAAUACGAAGAUCAUCGCAUACCCGUAUAAGUUCGCGACCGAGGAAGACACGCUGAGUCUGAUCGACGAUAUCCUGAACCAAUGGGGCCGUCUCGACGUCUGGGUCACCUCCUCGGGUCUCCUCGGGCCUCCUUCAAUCGACGAAACCUCCCCCGACGACCUCCGCAAAUGCUUCGAGACCAACAGCAUGGCGCCGUUCUUCGCGCUUAAAUAUGCUCCGCCAGCAAUGGGUAAAACCACGCCAAAAGGCAACUACCCCAACGCGGCGCUGAAAGACGCCGCGUAUGGCAGCAUCAUUGUCGUGAGCUCCGUCGCUAGCACGUAUGGUGGCUGCUGGGGCCCUGCUUUGACGAUGAGCUCGCACGCUGCUUUGGGGGUUGUCAGGGCUGGCGUUGCUGUGCUGAAGGGAACGGGUGUACGUAUUAACUGUAUUAGUCCAGGGCAGAUUGAUGUAGGGGUCGAUUUGAAACCGUCUGAUAUGCGUGGAACGAGCACGCAGCUGCCGCCAUCGAGUCUGCAGACUCAGAAAGAGGUCAUCGGUUUAGAGAGGGCUGGGUUCCCCUCGGAGGUUGGAAAAGUGGCUGGCUUUUUAGCUUCUGGUUUCAGUAGUUAUAUUACUGGAGCAAACUUGGUGGUUGAUGGAGGCGCAUCGGUGAUGAAUCCGCUCCAUAUACCUGUAUAGUUGGCAUAUUAGAAUUGAAUCCAGACAAUGAACUGCGGGCUGCCCGACUUGACCUGGGAACUGAUUGAGCUGACGCGCCGAAUAUCAUCAUGACUGACAACGCAUUGAAAGCCAAGUGCUUGGCUCUGGACUCGAGCGG